AACGCCUUGCAAGUGAGAGGACCAGCAGUAACCGCACAGGUGGUGGAGAGAUGAACUUCAGCAACAUCCAGCCUCCCUUCCUGAACCCAGUCGUCCCCUUCACUGGGUCCAUCCAGGGGGGCCUCCAGGAUGGACUUCAGAUCACUCUCAAUGGGAUUGUUCUUCACUCCGGUGGAACCAGGUUUGCUGUGAACUUGCAGAAUGGCCUCGGUGAUCAGAACAUUGCCUUCCACUUCAAUCCCCGGUUUGAAGAAGGCGGGUAUGUGGUCUGUAACACGAAAACGAAAGGAAGCUGGGGGCCAGAGGAGAGGAAUAUGCACAUGCCUUUCCAGAGGGGGAACCCCUUCCAGCUCUCCUUCCUGGUGCAGAGCAAGGAAUUCCAGGUGUCAGUGAAUGGAAACUUCUUUCUGCAGUACAUACACCGCGUGCCAUUCCACCAAGUGGAUGCUAUCUCUGUCACCGGCGCUGUGGGGCUGACCAACAUCAGCUUCCAGAAUAUCCGUACAAUCCUUAUCCAGCCUGGCUUCUCCGCGAUGCACUUUCCCCAGACAACUUGUUUCCCAUCCACGCCCAAGGGGCGCAAACCAAAACCCUCAGGCUUCUGGAAGGCCACCACCGCUCCCAUGACUCAAACGGUCAUCCACACGGUGCAGAGCGCCCCUGGACAAAUGUUCUCUAACCCUGUAAUCCCACCUGUGAUGCAGAGCGGCCCCACCUAUCCGAUACCUUACUUCACCUCCAUCCCUGGUGGGCUGUACCCCUCCAAGAGCAUCACCGUGUCAGGCAUGGUCCUGCCCAGCGCUCAGAGGUUCCACAUCAACCUGCGCUCUGGGAAUGACAUCGCCUUUCACCUGAAUCCCCGUUUCAAUGAGAACGCCGUGGUCCGAAACACGCAGGUCAAGGGCUCUUGGGGGCCUGAGGAGCGCAGCCUGCCCCAAACAAUGCCCUUCUCCAGAGGCCAGAGCUUCUUGGUGUGGAUCAUGUGUGAAAAUCAUUGCCUGAAGGUGGCCGUGAACGGCCAGCACCUGUUUGACUACUACCACCGCGUGAAUAACCUGCCCGCCAUCAACAACCUGGAAGUGGGAGGCGACAUCCAGCUGACUCACGUGCAGACCUAGGUGGGAUUUCGAUGUUUGCGAGUCUGCUCUCCAGAUCUGCCUAUCACCUCCGCCUUCCCUGUCCCUGCCCAGUCUCCGCCCCUCCCAGCCAGCCAAGGAUCUGAGGAGCCAGGUCCUUGCCUUCCCUGCUUCUGGCUGCAGCCACCCUGGAGGGGAGAAGCCCGCCGGCCGGGACUGCCUUCCUCAGCCUGGGCGGCACCCGGGGCUCCAGCUGCCCACAUCCUGACACCUGAGGAGAGGGGCAGUCUGCAGGUUGAAGCUCCAGGUUCUGUCCCCUCGGCAGAAGGGGAGGGUGCUUCCUGGACCUUCCCCAGCUGCCAGCACGGGCCUACUCCUCGUCUGCUUUGACCCCACUGCCACCCUCCUUUCCAGUCCACCUCAGGCUCAAGCCACUAGCGGGUGACUCACAUAGGAGGUGUUCUCCUCAGCUCCUCCUCUUUCUCCGACCUUUAACCUUUCCUUAUACCAUGACCAACCCUUCCCCUACACCAGGAAAGUGACCCUGAUUGACACCUGCUGGUCUCUGCCAAGAGACAGGACCUUCUUCAGCUGGAAGCUCUUCCCUUUCCCAGUGUCCUUCAAAUAAAGUGGGAAAGAAAUAUCUGCCUUGGCACA